CGAACUCCCUCUGCCUAUUUUCUCCUUUGGUUUCGCUUUUCACGUUUACAUGUGUUGUCUUCGUAUCAUCCUCCCUUCCAUCCCCUGUCUCUCUUUCAUGCUCUUACCGUACAACAAUCCCUAUAAUUUCUUAAAAUUAUCCAGUAAAUAAAUAAAUAAAUAAUAUAUUUUUAGAUCUUUGUAGUUAAUUGUCCAUGGAAAUGACUUCAAGCCCACGAACCGUAGAGGAGAUCUUCAAAGAUUUCAGUGCUAGAAGAGCUGCUGUCGUCCGUGCCUUAACUUAUGAUGUGGAUGGUUUUUAUGGACUCUGUGAUCCAGAUAAGGAGAAUUUGUGUCUGUAUGGACAUCCAAAUGAAACAUGGGAAGUAACCCUGCCAGCAGAGGAAGUUCCACCAGAGCUUCCUGAACCUGCCCUUGGAAUUAAUUUUGCUAGAGAUGGAAUGAACAGAAAAGACUGGCUUUCACUGGUUGCCGUGCAUAGUGAUUCAUGGUUGCUUUCUGUGGCUUUCUAUCUUGGUGCUCGUCUUAAUAGGAAUGAAAGGAAAAGGCUGUUCAGCCUGAUCAAUGAUCUGCCUACUGUCUUUGAAGUUGUAACAGAAAGGAAGCCUGUGAAAGAAAAGCCUAGUGUAGAUAGUGGAAGCAAAUCUCGAGGCAGCAUAAAGAGAUCAAGUGAUGGACUAACAAAAAGCAACCCUAAGCUUACAGAAGAUAGUUUUGAGGAGGAAGAAGAUGAACAUACUCAAACUCUAUGUGGGAGCUGUGGUGGAAAUUACAACUCCGAUGAAUUCUGGAUCGGCUGUGAUGUCUGCGAGAGGUGGUACCAUGGAAAGUGUGUGAAGAUAACUCCUGCUAAGGCUGAGAGUAUUAAGCAAUACAAGUGUCCAUCUUGUAUGAAGAGGAGCCGGCCAUAGUCAGUGUCGUUGCGGUGGCAGACAAAGUAGUGAACAUUAUCCUUGUGCAAUGUGAAAGUUAAAAUACUUGUUUAUAACAGAUGCCUCCAACUGUUUAGUUUGCCUUCUUCCCAACUGAACCCUUUGCUUGAAUAGCAGGUUAUGUAAUCUGAUCUCUUUUUUAUGUUAAAUGCAUGAAUAAUAUUAAACUAGA